CAACAUCCUACUCAACAGGUCGUUAUCUAUAAGGCUGUGCCAACUCACUAGCUGGUACUAGCGUAUCGUGCACAUACUACAUACCUAUCAAUACAGUAAUUGAACUUUAUAAUACGCACCGAAUCCUACUCGAAGUCGAUUAAAAGAGCUAAUUCACAAAUUCCCCGAGAAUGUCUUCAGCAGAAGAGUCGCCAGCUCAGCGAGCAGCUCGUCUCCGACGCGAGCGUCGUGAAGCUAAAAUCAAAGAGGGUGGUGCAGCGCGUUUGGAUAAGAUUACUAGUCUCAGCGGACGCACACCCGCAAGUAUGCGUGAAGAGACAUCGCCAUCGCCAUCGCCAUCGCCAUCUCCCCAGCCUCCUGCGCAAGUUUCUUCCACACCGGAGACAGAAAAGCCUCAAUCGCAACCAGCACCGGCACCAGCAUCAGCACCAGCCCAACCAACGUCGAACCCCGAACCCCAGUCUCCCGAAAACCUACAAGCACAACAGGAGUUAUUCCGCGCCCUUCUCCGCCAAGGUGGACCAUCAUCAUCUGAGCAGGGUCCUCAGGAAGAGGAUCCCACCAUGCAAAUGCUCAAUACCUUGAUGGCAGGAAUGAAUGGGCAAGAUCAGGCUCCUGGUGGAGCUCCUGGUGGAGCUGCUGGCGGUCCAUCAUCAGCCGAACUCGUGUCUGCCCUCGGACUCCCUCCAUUUGUCGCGGAUCUUCUUGGAGCUGCAACUCACAAACCGACUGAUGAGGAGAAGAAGGAAGUCCGGACAUGGAAAGCUCUGCAUGUACUGUUUGCGGUCGCUGUCGGGAUUUACUUGCUCAUGCUCAUUGGAACGUCAGUUUCUACCUACGGUAGCCAGCCACCACCCCCUGCCACUGCACAGAACCCAUUCCUUUACUUUACAACGGGGGAAGUUGUGUUGACUGGCGCGAGGUUAAUGAGCAAGGGCCGGACCGGGACGGCUGCCGGAAUAAUGCUCUGGCUUCAGCUCUUCCAGGACAUAGUCCGCGACGGUAGCCUUGUUGUGUUCUUACUGGGGAUGGGCGCUUGGUGGAGCCGUGAGUGGACGGCCUAUUAAGCAUGAUUGAUGUUGUUGGUCGUUAUGCACGUUACAUCUAUUUUUUGUUCUUUUCUCUUCGGAUCUUGCAUUGUAAGCUGUGAUGGUAUUCAUAUGAAAAGCAACGGCAACUGAAGCUAUGACCUCCUGUUUUAUAGUUUGAAUGUGUUAAUCACUACUUGUCAUUAUUGGUACCACCGUACAAUAUACUUCGCACUCACUUCUAUCUAUUACAUUCCGUUGUAUAUGACUGAUUAUUUGUAAAACAGACUCCUGGUCUCCCUCCAACCAUGGCGCCGCCAUUACCAGGUCAUCCUAGAAUUACCUGUCAAUAUCUUGCGGAACAAGCAAGAUCAAGUUAUUCAAAAAAAGGCCCCGCAUAGUCUUUCUCUGUUAUAUAUGAUUUAAGAUCGCACAAACUGCAGCAGCUGGGUGUCACAUUAUGUCUAAAUCUAGAUACUCCGUACUGACGACAGAUAUAUCAAUUGCGAAUAUGCCUAAACCAGGUGACGCCUUUACUUAUCCACCCUUUGUUACCGGCAGACUGUAUACUAUAGAUAAAAUACGGAAUUGCGAUUGGAUAAGUACCGUUAUACUCCGUACCUUGGUGGACUAUCCGUAGUCCUCAAGCUGGCGUCGGGGUGACGUAUACAUACCUCAACAUAGAUAGUGCCAUGCACGAGGUUG